AAUUCAAUUCAAAACAACCAAACAAGCAGUACGGACGCACCGCAAAGCGGUCGCAGCCGAAAGUGAUAAUAUUUGAGCAGCAGCUAAGACGGAACAGAAUUCUAUAAACAUUUUUUUCUAUUAUCAGAAGUGACGGUGUGUGUAUGUGAAAAGGUGAAUUCUCUUGCACGAGCAAAACGGAUGAUGAAAGAAGUGCAACGUUUGUCCUGCGAACCUCUAGUACAGUGUGUGUCGUGACAAUAGUGAAGUCAUAAAAACCAAAAAAACUAAUACAAUUUCACUUCGUGGAGUGAUAAAAUCAUUUUCAAUCUGGUGCAAAAAGAAAGUGAAAAGCAUCGAAAGUUCUGGUGGAAAGUUUUUCCUCCAUUCCCGUGCGUGCGCGUGUGUGCAAGCGUGUGUUGGACAGCUGAUACACACAAGCUGGAAUCAGAGGACACACAUUGUUGUUUAUUGCACUGUUCGAUAGCUAUUAUGUAAGGACAAAGAAAACAAGGUCAAACCAACGUGUGUUACCAUUGUGGUUAUUCGAUAAAUUAGACUUCUAAAUACCUGUGUCCUGCGGGCUGUCGAUGUAAACAGCAUUUCGCUCUGGACAGUGUGGCAGAAAAACAAUCGCAAGAAAACAGGCACACGCAACAGGGUGAUGUGCACGAGUUGAUCGACGAAAAAGAGACAACCUUACCUAACGUGGCGCGAGACAGAAAGAGAGCCAGCACAUACACAUCCCUCGUUCGCGUGCGUGCGAUCGCGCUUGUAUGCGUGUGUGUAUGUCAGUAGGUAGCUAGAGAAAAAAAACACAACAAAGCAACCAUAGCAGCUCUAGCCGCCGCCAUAUUGGUUGUUUGGGGUUGUGUGUGAAGCCAGGGGGUGCAGAAUCAAAACAAAGGAAAAUCAUCUGAUCAGCGAGCGAGCGGGCGGCAGCAAAACGCGCGCGCACACACCGAGAGCAUCGCGGAUCGACCCACCAUUUGGUCUCUACGUCAUCGCAGCAAGUUAAGUGUUUCACCUACCAGUUUUUGGGGACGUUCUAUAGUCGGGUGCGAGUGAAGAAACUAACCACCCCGAACCUUUGGUCCCAUCGCACCAUCUUCCGGUGGUCCGGUCAGGAAGUGUGGUGUGUGCUGCAAAGGUGGAGGACGAUAAAAGACCUGCGCUGGCGCCCUCACGGAUUGUGGACAAGAAAAUGAUAUAAUUCAGACAGUCGGUUGCGUUUCGCAUCAUCUUUGUGUGGUUUAGUUUUUAAGCGGGUGGCAUAUUAGGUGAGCAGCGAAUAUUCCCGGAUAGAGGCGGACACAAACACACACACACCGAAGAUAGUAAGGCAACUCCGGCCGGUAAAGGACCCCUCGCCUUCGGGCAACAUCCAACAAACCGCAGCGUUGUUGGGUCGGUUUCGUAAAGGAGCGCGCGGUGGUGGAUGAUGAGUAGCUUCGGCGGCUUGCAGAGUGGAGGCGGCCUUAACUACACCGGUAUCGACUGUAUUGACGCGGGCGGAAACCUUUCGAUCGUGAAGCAAGAACCCUCGGUACACACCCUUACCUCCGCAGACAGCGGAACGAACGCAGGAGGAGGAGCACUCGGGACAAACAGCCAACAAUUCCAGCAGACUACCUUCAUGAUGGAUGCGCUGAGCAGCAAUCCGAUGUUGACUACGGCCUCGAUGCCGAUACCGUCCCGCAACGCCAGCCAUCAGCGCGUCGUAAUGCAGUCGGAGCUGGAUUUCGCAAAUGAGAUGGACCAGUUCCGCAAUUCGGGCCAGCUGCUGCACGACGUGAACACGAUUGGGAUCGGCGGAGGCAAUGUAGGAUCGUUCCAGCCGGGCAGCCUUCCGACACAGCUGGACGGUAUGUUCCCGAACGGGUGGGACAACAUGAUCCUAACGACCGAGGGUAUCGACCUUGGGGCGAUGAAUGUGGCCGGCCUGCAGGCGAUGGAUACGUGGAACAAUUUAAUUUCACCCUCGUCGACGAUAUCGUCCGUGACGCCGCUCGAUGAUUCCGGCAUGCAGCAGAUGGUGAUGACCGGUGAGAUGACUUCGAUUGUGAUGGGUGGUGGUGGGGUGGGGCUUGGCGCCGGCCAGCAGCUGAUGGAAGAGUUCGAGGUGUACCCGCUGGAAGAUUUCAACGAUGGGCUGCUGUGCAAUGAUUUGAACACGAUCGAUGGUUUGUUUCACGAUGAUAUCACCCUGCUCAGCCAGCCGCUAAGCCAACAGUCGCCGAAUCUGAGCGGUGACAGUGCCAUCAUUCUGUCGCCCAGUCUGCCCCAACAGAUUCUGGGCCGUUCGUCCAAUCAGAGUCUUUCGUCCGGUGGGCUAACGAUACUGGCGAAUGAAAAUACCGUCGGUAGCGUCGGCAGUAACAGUGUAUCGUCCGGCUUUGGUCCCGCUACCACCGGCGGUGGAAUGCAGCUGCUCACGAACGAUCCGAUGGUGGCUGCCAACUACACCAACACGAACAGCAACAGCAGCUUGCUGUACGAUGAGCAGACACGCAUCUCGUCGUCGCCGUUCGAGCUGUACACGAAGCAGGAACCGGGCAGUGCCGUACAGUCUCCGCUCGCCUUUUCACCCAGCAGCCACGGUUCCAGCCCGUCCAUUUCCGAGGGUGGCCAUCUGAUGGUACCGCAGUCGUCGGGAGGCUCUACCGGAGCGAAGAAUUUACUCCAGCAGCAGCUGCAAAGCUCGUUCAACAACAACACGCUGUACAAUGGUGGCUCCAGUACGAUCAGUGCUGGAAAGUUGAUCAAGACUGGGGGGGCCACAUCCCCCGGGAACAACAACAACGAAUCGGCAAAGAAUCAGAACAUUGGUGGCAGCAACUCAGGACUCGAUGGUACCGCGAUGCAGCAGCAGCAGCAGCAGCAGCAAAUGCCGAUGCGCGCCUCGCGGCGUGGCUUUAAUUUUAGCCGGAAUAGCGGCAACGUCGGCCAGGUGCAGCAUAAUCCCAAGUAUUCCACCCUGCAGCAGCUGCUGAUGAGCAACACCUCGGACCGGUUGGGCAGUGGUGGCAGUCUGGUGCUGGGGCAGUCGGUCCCGGCCGGUAGCAGCUCGUCGGGACUGCUGUCCGGUGCUGCACUCAGCCCCGGUGGUGGAAGUUACUCCGGGCGGCGUAUGUUGCAGGCUCAGCUGGCCGGUACGAGUGCGGCCGUUUCGGUCGGCUCGAUGGCCGGUACGUCCGGUACGUCCAUGUCCCGGCUUUCCUCGUCCGCUCCGACACACAUUUCGGCAUUCGAGCAGAUGUGGCAGCGCCGUGAACCACGCCCACAUCUCCUGUCGACGGGCAGUUUGGCGGAGGCCGGAUCGACGUCUUCCCUUAGCACGGGAAGCAUCCUUAGCCCGGAAGCGCCCGAUUUCUCGCACGAUGAAGGCUACUCGGACGAUAGCGAUCACUAUGAAGAUUAUUCGAGCGGUGAAGAUUCAGACAGUGAGGACACAGGCAAGGUUUCGUCGAGUGCCAGCAGCAAGGCCAAGCGCUACUUCUGGCAGUACAAUGUGCAGGCAAAGGGACCGAAAGGGCAACGACUGGUCAUCAAGACACAGGUCGAGGAUCCGCACGUACUGAACGCGGUCACCGAUCCGGUCUUCAGUCCGCACUGCUCUGUCCGUGGCAUCAAGAAUCUUCGUUUACAGCACAGCGGUAAGGCACGGAAGGGUGACGGUAACGAUCUGACGCCGAACCCACGCAAGCUGCACAACAUCGGCAAGGAGCUGGACAAGCUGGGCCGCGUCAUCAACGACAUGAAGCCGGUCAGCGAGCUCCCGUUCAAUGCACGGCCAAAGACGCGCAAGGAGAAGAACAAGCUGGCCUCGCGGGCCUGCCGGCUGAAGAAGAAGGCUCAGCACGAAGCGAACAAGAUCAAGCUGUACGGGCUGGAGACCGAACACAAACGUCUCAUGAACGGAAUAUUGCAUCUGAAACAGAUCCUAGUGUCUAAGUGCAGCGGGAAUGCUGGUAGCGCGACCGAAAACUCGGAAGAGUACAAACAGCAGCUGGACACUCUGGUGCAGACGUCAUCCAAGAUAAAGAUUGCUGGCAACUCGACUGAAUUCGUUAACAAAAUGCUCGAGAACGUGCGGACGGGCAACAACACCAGCAUCGAUACGGUGUUGGAGCAUUUCUAGAUCGGGCGAAUGUGUGUUACGCGGGGCGCGAGAGAUGUCGAACGUGUGGAGCGCGGAUACUCUACCGCAGGAUGAUGAUGAUGAAUCGAUGAGACUGUAAGAUAACAAGCAAGCAACCAAUUACCUUCGUUUUGUUUAAAACUACCUAUAUACCUUUAUAAAAGUCAGGCUCAUAAGCCUGUUGGAUGUAAGAAGUGCAUAAGGGCGCUGGGCACAUAGUGCACAUCGAAGGGACGAACGUCGUCACACACGCGGUACAGUGAUACUUGUCACCACCACCAUUCUCCUCCCCAGGGCAGAGGUGUAUGUAGGUGGUAAAGGUAAAAUCACUCCGAAUGAACCGAAGAACAGCGCGAGCGCGUGACAUUAGUACCACCUAAGACGAUAUCGAUAUUUUGCACGUGGAGAAGAAGUUUUUGCUUUCUUUGCAAAGUGAGAAUCGAACCGUUUUUGUAUGACAUAGUGGGCGGGAAGCAACCAAUUUGGUCAUUAUAUGAUAUUCGAGCGAGUGUAAACAUGAUUACGCGUAUGUUUCUUUAUAUACACACAUAAGACUAUCUAUACGUACGGUACUGUAAGGAUGCUAUAUGUUUCUUUAAAAAUUGGAAUGCAAUUUGUUAAAAUUGUGUAAGAUCGCACGAUGCUUCGAGAAGGCAGUUUGUUGAGUUAAUAUUUUUUUGAAGAAAAUUAUAAAAACACAUAAGGCGCUAAUCUAUAAGAAUGUUUGCAAGCCACUCACAGCCAAAGCUGCUGUAAAACAAUAUAAAAAUGUAACUUGAAACAAUAGAUUCCGUUCAUAAUGCUCUUACAGGGGUUUCGCGAUGAACACCUUGAAGCCUUUUCAAGAUUUUUAUUUUUUUUUUAGAUGGAGUGGAAUAUCUUCAGGUAGAACUGUAAUCUGUUCCACGUUCAGAAAAAAGAAUCCCAAAAAUGGUUUGAACAUUUCGCUAAUUCAUCCCAUAAAACCCGCCGCACGACCUACUGUCCUUCAGUAUCAAGGUACAAGAUUUCACCUCGAUUCAACAUUGUUUCCGGCAAUUUUUCCCACAGAUUAGCGCUUCAUAUCGAGAGGAAGCGUGGAAGAAGAUUGCGAACGUUUAAAAUUAGUGUUCGGUUGUUGUUUGACAUUUUUACCUACUACAACGAUACGCCGCGAGCACCCCCAAAACUCGGAUUGAAUCAAGUUCAAACAUACACACACACACAAACAAAAGACACUGUUGUGUAAAAAAAACACUACAAUUAUCGGUAACCGGUAUAACCAACUAUCAUUAACAAAAAAGAAAAACGGGAGAAAAAACCAUACACGGACUGAGAUCAAGUGGCGCGUCAAACGCGACCACCAUGCUAAUCAUACUUUGUGCCACACAUACAAUACAAUACAAUACCAUCCAUCCAGCGACCAAAAUGUGCGCGAACGAGAGGGAACCACGUGUGCAGUACAAGGAAAUCCCAAACAGACACACACACAGAAACAGUACAGAAAACGAAAUGAAGCUCAGGAACAAAAAUACGUAUGAGAGGUGGUGGACCCGGUGUGUGUGUGUGUGUGUGACACACGGCAGGUUGGGAGGAGUUUUGUUUGCCCAUUUUUCUUUUAACAAGCCAUGCUCCAAAUGUGUGUAAGGAUAAUGACGCGGGGACGUGUGUGUGUAUAGGAGGAUAUGAGUUUUAAGCUAGAUGACAACCCUGUACAUGUAGGCACCCCCCAGGCGCACGAAUCGAUAACCAUUGAUAAAUGAUAACGUAUGUACCUAAUGAUUACCCUGGAGUAAAACACAAACACAAACAUAAUAUAUCUAUAUGUAUACACAUAUAAAACCUUUUUUUACAAUUAUCUCAAUGAUUGUGUUGUACAACCGCGCGCGUGAUGAUGUAUCCUUGUAGGAUCGGUGAGAGAAAAGGGGGCGAGUGGCGCGUGGGAAUAGAUAGGCUUGACUAGUGAUAGGAAUUGUAAGGUUGAAGCGAAACGAAAAACCGUGUGUGAAGCAACUACCCAAUAGUUCUGUAAGUGCUUAGAUGCUGUAACUAAUUAUUAUUUUUCUAUCUCCACGUUUUUUUACUAUCUACAUUGCUACUACUACCAACUACUACUGCUACUACUACUCAGAAUAAUGUUCAUCUCGUUUUUUGUUUGUUUAUCAUAAUGUUCUUGUUGGGUGGUUGAUUCGCGACGAGUGCGAUGUUUUGUUACUUUCUUUCUCCAUCUUCUAUCCCUUUCGAGUUUGAAAUCUUUAUCAUAGUAGUUGUUUAAGCAAUUUCUUUAAGCACUUGUGUGUGCGUUGUGCGUGGAGGUCGUCCCAUCAGGAGGAAGGCAACUGUUAAGAAAGAGGUGCAACUGUUCGAAAAAUACAUAAAGUGUGAUCAAGGUUUUUUUCCCCCCCGUUUUUCACUUAAUAAGGGGUUUAAUAAGGGGACUGGAGAGCGAGCGAGAGAGAGAGAGCUUAGAAUGUGUACCUUAAGCAGCAAUCAGUACUGUUGACUGUUCUGGUUAUCUUAGGUACUAGCGUUACCCCCGAGGAAGGAGCGAUCCUCCUUUCCCUCCACCGGGCCGCUAGGGAUAUCGAAAGGAAGAGGGGUGUAUGUGGUGGUCCCCAUUGUAAUGGAGGAUCAAGUGAAUGGAAAAAUUUGUUUUUUGUUUUACAAUUCCAAUUGAAAUGUUCGAUUACCCUGUGUUUACAUCAGAUCACGUGUUUUUGUGAGGUUAUAAAGGCAGGAAUUGUUGUGAUAUGUGUCAUGUUUCUUUUGGUAACAUACUUCUUCCCAGUGUCAACUUGUCUCCCGUACACCAACCUUGCUGCCAAUACUGCAUUUAUUUGUAUUCCAGCACAAAUCCUUACCGGGGUUGUUUUUAUUUUUGUUUUGUUUUGGAGUAUGAAGCAAGAACAGAAAUCCGGCUACGGAUGUGGAAUUGGGCUGCACUGCUACCGGUCGCGGUAUGUGUGUUUGUGUCUGGCAGCACCCAGCAGCAGCAGGUAUAAGCAGCAGCAGCAGCAAACUACAAAACUAUGCAAACAAUCUGUGAUUUUCUUUUAAUAUAUUAUAGCGUUUUGAGCGUGUGUGGGGUUACGGCGUUGGGCCACCAGCGUUCGGUUUAGGUGUGUUGAAGGUAUUUGGUUUGGUUUGCCUUUGGCCUUUUUGUUACCCCCUUUUUUCUUUACCAUUUUCAUUCCCAGUCUGGUGUGUGUGUAUGUGGUGUUUUGUUUAAACAAGUGCGAGUACAAGAGGACGCUAUCCGGGGUCGGUUAGCAGUGAUUAUGCUUGUGGUGGGAUUAUGUUGAAGCGGUUCGAUUUACUCAGUUACUUACCUCCUAAUGAUGAUGGUCCAUUCUGAAGAAUUGGUUUUGUACAGAUCAGCUGAAAAUGUAGAGCAGAGAGAGAGAGAGAGAGAGAGAGAGAGAGAGAGUCCUAACCCACUCCCAUUACCAGUGUGGUAGUUGUAUAGGCUUAUGCAUCUCUUACCGUAAUCACGUUCUAGGGUUUUCUUUCAAAUAACAUGACUUUUACUUAGGAACCUAUAAAAUUUAACAAUUGCGUAUCCUUCUAGCGGCAGCGAAGAUCCACAAAUGAAGUUUGAUGAUUACCAAACAACUGCUGCCGCUGCUGAUUAUUAUGAAGCUAAUGUUAAGGAAAUUGGAAAACAAAAUUCAAAAGAAAAAGGGAAAACAACAAAAAAAAAAGUCUUUUCCAAUUAUUCUAGCUACACAUACAUAUUUCGAUUCUAAUAUGAAAGCUGCUCGUGCUUUUUUUUUCUCCAGUUCUUAAAACCCGUCUUGUCUAAUUGCUAUAAUGCUCUUUACGAUUUUGGGCUUUGUGUUUGAUUACUUAAAACAUUUUCUUAUGCUUUUACGAUUAGCGUUUCCGGUGAAAAAAAGGUGAUUUUAAGGCUUGAGUGAAUGAAGGAAGUGUGUGGAAAAAUGGAAAAAUGCAAAAAAAAAAAAUCAAAUGUUCCUAGCCGUAUCAUAAUAUCGAAGCGAGAGGAGGUCGAUCGGAAACACUUAUCUCUCGAAGUCUUUAAUUCUGGAUUGCCUUAUCUCCCAUGAGCAUGGGUGAAGAUUUUCCCGUACUCUGUCGCGAACAUUGCAAAGGGUUUAAGAGAUUGAUUGUAAAGAAGUUCAAAUAACACUACAAAAACAGAAUAGUACUGGAUGGUGAGGGUUUGAGUAAUACAACUUCACCUGUAGGAAUUCAAAAGAAUGCAAUUAGAAACCACCGCCCUUCAAGAGGCCGAACGCGCGUAUAGUUGGAGUAGAAGAAGUAGUGCGAGUUUGCUAAACAGGUACCUGGUAGACAGUUCGUUUUGUUGGAACAAGCGUAGUCGCGCGAAAGGACAACAGAAGAGCUACACAAAGAGAGCGGCUUAACAGGCUUUUGUAACACAAUUGCAUCAAUUCAGGCGCAUCGAACGCAUGGUCGAUUCUCUACUAUACUACCUCAGCACAAUGAAACAAUGUACACGUGUGGAACCUACGAGUGUGUGUAUCCACACUAAAAACAAAAAAACCGAAACUUUUUUUUAAAAACAAAGAAAUGCAUCCCUUUUUGUUCGUAAGAAAGUGAAACUUUAUCGCCUUUAAUCGGGUGACCCCCCCCGAUUUAUCGGUUGUGUCGAGCCAGGGGAGCAGUACGCCGUAGGCGCCAGCCCAGCACAUCAUUUAGAAUGUAGAGCGUGUGUAAUACCCGGUGUGUGAUGUGAUUGAUACUAUAUUGAGAUUGCCAUAUGAAACGUUAGCAUGCAGCAAAUGCAGCAACAACACUCAUCCAUUGUACACUCAACCCAGUAAAGCAAGUAAUGCGGUGUUUCAGAAACAACCGGCACACAGGCGAGCGAAAAAAGGCAAUGACCAAUUUGGAAAAGGACUGCAUUAGGGGGAGGUGGGAAACCACCCCCCUCCCCCUGGAAAAGUGAGAGGUUGUCGUUUGCCAAACGCAAAGAUGUGUAUAUUUUUUAUAAAACGGAUUUUUCCUAUUUUUCUAUUCACCAAAAGCGGACAAGAAUAAUCUCAGAAGUGAGAUGGAAAAUAAAAAAACAAAAAAACAGAACUUCCACCUUCCCAUGUAAACGCAAUGGAGGCACUCACUCCUCUACUCAGUUUUUUUCCCGGUUGGGAUUUAUAUUUUCACAAGAUGUCUAUAUCAUCCAUCAGCCAACGGCAAAAACGAAAAUACGCGCCUUGAAUUGAAAGACAACAUUUUGAAGAAAAAAGGAUUGUGGAAAUGAAUAGCGUGUGUGUGUGUGUUUGUUUUGCGAUUAAGAUUUAUUUCCCCCCUAUUAUCAUACGAACGACUACGAGAAAGAGGUUUCGAUGAUGCUGCAUGCAUUGGGUGAGAAUCAGGGGGAUGUAAGUAAGGAAGGAAGGAUUGUAAUAGCUGUGCUUACGUUGGAUUAAACACAAUAAAACUUUCAUCUGAGAUACUUGUAAUGGAUAAUAAAGGAACUAAAAACUGUAUGUACAAAUAAA